GAGCAGAUCUCUGUAAUGCCUGGCCUGGUUCAUGCCCACCUGUCUGUCCCUGCCCAGAUCCUGCACUGUGUGCUUGGCACGGAACCCAGAAAGUCUAAAGCAAAGCCCAAUGGAAAGAAGCCUGCUGCCGAGGAGAAGAAGAUGUACCUGGAGCCAGAGUACACCAAGUCCAGAAUCACCGACAUCGGCUUCAAGGAGCUGGUGGUGCUGCCCCGGGAGAUCGACCUCAACGAGUGGCUGGCCAGCAACACCACCACGUUUUUCCAUCACGUCAACCUACAGUACAGCACCAUCUCAGAGUUCUGCACGGGAGAGGCCUGCCAGACGAUGGCCGUGUGCAACACACAGUACUACUGGUACGAUGAGCGGGGGAAGAAGGUCAAGUGCACUGCUCCCCAGUAUGUCGAUUUUGUCAUGAGCUCCGUGCAGAAGCUGGUGACCGACGAGGAUGUGUUCCCCACGAAAUACGGCAGAGAAUUCCCCAGCUCCUUCGAGUCUCUGGUGAAGAAGAUCUGCAAGUACCUGUUCCACGUGUUGGCGCACAUCUACUGGUCCCACUUCAAGGAGACCCUGGCCCUUGAGCUGCACGGACACUUGAACACCCUCUACGUCCACUUCAUUCUCUUCGCCAGGGAGUUCAACCUGCUCGACCCCAAAGACACCGCCGUCAUGGACGACCUCACGGAGGUGCUGUGCAGCGGCGGGGGCGGGGGGGAGGGGGCCAGCAGCGGGGGUGCGGGGGCACAGAACCACGGGAAGGAGAGGUGAGCCCCCGGCCGGACAGGCGCGCACCUGUGCAGAGAGACGGUGGUGCGUGUGCCUGUGUGUGUGCGCACACGCACCGGGCACGCGCGGCGGGAGGCCUGAGAGGUUGCCGCUGCCCCCCACCCGGCCCGGGCGCGCUGAGUGUGGGCUCCCCAGACGCUGGCAGGCCGUGCAUCGGACCGGCCCCCUGCCGGGGUUUUCCUGUUGGACGGAUGAGUGCCGCUUGUCAAGAAGGACCUUUGGAUUUCAUUCGUUCGCUCAACAAACGUUUAUGGGACUGCUGGUCUGAGUUUCCUUCUCCUGUGGGGCUUUCCUUUCCUUGGUCUUCCAUGUGGCCCCCACUCCUCCCCUCGGGGCUCUGCUGUUUGAGAGAAAUACACCCGUGGGAGCUGGGGCUCCUUCCCAGGAGAGACUUGGGCUCACUUUGGUUUGUUUCCAGGGUGGGGCUGUUUUAGAGAUUCCUCCCCACCCCCCCGCCCAGGCCUCCCUCUCCUGGCCUUGCUUGGAUCUUGGCUGCCAGUGGCUCAGCGCGGGUGGGGUGGGCGUGGCCAGGGGUACCCCAUAGGGGCCCUGACCCUGUGGCUUCGUUCCCCCCUCUCCUGCCCUGCUGCCCACGAGGGCCCCUGGACUAGCUGGGCCUAUAGGACCGAGGUGCAUGGGCGGGCAGCCUGUGUGGAGACGCGGCUGUUGGCGGAAGGCUGGGUGUCCCCACUCCGCUCACCUGUUCGGUCGUAAUAAAAAGAAUUCGCUCA